AACCCCGUGGUGUUGUAAAAUGCCGUGAGGCGCGGCCGGCGGGGCCUGAGGGACAGAGCCCGGGCCCGGUCCCGCUCCAUAUGCCCCGAACCGCUCCGUCCCGCUCCAUGUGGGGCCGCUCCUCGUCCACUUCCUCCUCAUCCUUCUACUAUGGCCCGGAAAACAGUUAGCAGGAAGAGGAAAGCGGCGGCAGCUGCCGCCGCGGGGACCGGGGGACUCCAGGGGGAGCAGUACGGGUGGGAUCACUCUGUUCACAAAAGGAAAAGGCUCCCGCCGGUGAAAAGAUCUCUAGUGUACUACGUGAAAGGGAGAGAGGUCCGGAUGCAGAAUGAGUCCAGCUACCACCGCUUGUUGCAUGGAUACGCAGCCCAGCAGCUCCCCAGCCUCCUGAAGGAGAGGGAAUUUCACCUCGGAACACUCAAUAAAGUGUUUGCUUCCCAGUGGCUAAACCACCGACAAGUGGUGUGCGGGACAAAAUGCAACACGUUAUUUGUAGUAGAUGUCCAGACUGGUCAAAUUACCAAGAUUCCUAUCCUGAAGGAUCGUGAGCCCGGCAUGGUGAACCAGCAGGGAUGUGGCAUUCAUGCCAUUGAGAUCAACCCCUCAAGGACUCUCCUGGCCACAGGUGGAGACAACCCCAACAGUCUUGCAAUUUAUCGUCUGCCUACACUUGAUCCUGUCUGUGUGGGAGAUGAUGGACACAAGGACUGGAUAUUUUCAAUUGCAUGGAUCAGUGAUACUAUGGCUGUUUCUGGUUCCCGGGAUGGUUCGAUGGGUCUCUGGGAGAUCACAGAGGAUGUGUUAUCCAAAAGUGAUGCCAGGCAUAAUCUCUCUCAAGUUCCUGUCUAUGCCCACAUAACACACAGUGCUCUGAAGGAUAUCCCCAAGGAGAACACCAAUCCUGACAAUUGCAAAGUCCGAGCAUUGGCCUUCAACAAUAAGAACAAGGAGUUGGGAGCUGUGUCCCUGGAUGGGUAUUUUCAUCUUUGGAAAGCAGAGCACACGCUAUCAAAGUUACUUUCCACAAAGUUGCCAUACUGCAGGGAGAACGUGUGUUUGGCUUAUGGUCAGGAGUGGUCAGUGUAUGCAGUGGGAUCACAGGCACAUGUCUCUUUUCUGGAUCCAAGGCAGCCUUCUCACAAUGUUAAAUCCGUCUGUUCCAAAGAACGAGGCAGUGGUAUCCGCUCGGUGAGCUUCUACGAGCACAUCAUCACUGUGGGGACAGGGCAAGGGUCCUUGUUGUUUUAUGAUAUCAGAGCCCAGAGGUUCCUGGAAGAAAAGCCCCCCCGUGCCUGCUAUGGACAGAAACAGAAAUUAGGAGGAAGUGAAAUUUUGAAGUUGACAACUGGGAAGGGCUGGCUGAACCAUGAUGAAACCUGGAGGAAUUAUUUUUCUGACAUAAAUUACUUCCCAAAUGCUGUUUACACCCACUGCUACGACUCGUCUGGAACGAAACUGUUUGUGGCAGGAGGCCCUCUUCCAUCAGGACUUCAUGGAAAUUAUGCUGGUCUCUGGAGCUAAUGAUAACUCUUCGUUCUGAUACUGAUCUUUACACAGAUUUCCACUUUUCUUUUAAUUUUUUAACAACAAAAUUGUGUGAUGCCAUUUAUUCCUGAUUUAAACACAAGUUAUUUUUUGGCAGAGUUUUCUGUUGGUCUCCAACAGUUUUGUACAUCUUUUUGAACUAAUUUUUUGCUUUAACCUCCUUGAUCCUUUAUAUGGAGGGGAUUUGAAGUCCUUUUUUAUUGUAUUUACUCCAAAUGACUCUUCCUCCCAUGUAGGCUGGCUUUGCCAUGUGCCCCCUCCCCUACUUUGCUCUGAGGUAGGAUUUCUUUCUUAUAGAGUGGUUGCUCCUGAGCUUUCUGUGAAAGUCUUGGGGGGCUGCAUGUGUGCAGGUACUUUGUGUCAGUUACAUUACCUGGAGUGAGGACUACUUGUAAUUAAAAACUAUUAAAAAUAUUUAUAAGAGAUAAGCUACUACUUUAUCUGGAGAGCCUGGCCCUGGCCUGGGUUGAUCAUAUUUUUUAAAAGUACAAGUCUAAUGACACUGUUUUUACAUAGAGGGAUAUGGUAAUUUUAAGCUGUACUCACUGGAGCCCAGGGAUGGAUUCCUUAGGGGUAUUGCCCAUCAAAUCCAAAGUGCAGUUUUUAAAAGUGCAUUUUUGUUCAAAUGGUAGUUUUCAGCUGUGCUAAGAGCAGAAAUUGAUCUGUUUCUUUACUGCCUGUCCCAGGUAUCAGCUUGCACAACUGGAGUUUGUAUAGGCUGUUCUGCAGCAUGGCUGUUGCAGGGUGACAUUACAUUGAGGGCUGCAGAGAUGCUGAGAGGAAAUGGGGGCUAGUUAUUCAAAAUGAACUAAAUCUGUCUGUUCUCCAGAUGAAAUAUGGUUUCUAAGUAUGCUUGUUAGGGUAGCUUAUAAUCUCUUCGUAAACUGCCUAAAACCUCGGACCUUUUUUAUCCCAGGUUGUGGAAAUUUUUCUCCUUUUUGCUGUUCUGGUUAGCCAUCUGCUCAAAGAAGCCAAUGGAAUAAAUAAACUAUUUUUUUCACCCAGAUUAAAGAGUGCAUCUCAGACUUUACUAAUGCAAGUGAGCAGCUUUCCACAAAGGAGGGUAUCUUGGUGUUCUCUCACUUUGCGCUAGCAUAUGCUGUAGGACAGGCUCAGGCUUUUCCAGAAUCCCCUGCUGCCUUCUGCGUUCAGACUCCCUCCAACUUCACCUGGGACUGGGAGGGGAGAACGGGUCCAGGGCCCUUCAGGUCCAGCUGUGAAGUGUGUGCCUCCCAGGGUGAUGGUCUUACCCAAUACUCAGCUAAAAUGCAGGACUCCAAGGUGUUCCUCCUUUUGGCAGGCACCAGACUCUCAGCUUAUUAGUGAUGCCUCUGUUCUCUGCUGGAAUUAAUGCCUUUCCCCUGACGUUGGUGGAGCAAAGUAUGCCUGUGCCUCACAGCUUUGGUGCCACACAGCGGUUGAUUGAAACUGAGAGUAAAGACAAGGCUGGGGACAUGCUCUGUUCUCCCAUCUCUGUGAGAGAUCAUAGCUACCACUGCAGUUCCUGCCCACAGCCCAGAGCUAAUGUGCAUUUAUCUUUACAGUCUCUCUCAUCUUCAUACUCAGUAUCUUCAUCAGUAACACCAAGCAGUCAGCAUCAGGCUUAAGUUCCAGCUGGUAUGGAGACCUGGAUGGAAAUCCUACAAGUAGUGGAGGUCCCUCUCAUUGGAGUGGAAAUCCUGGCAAGAGAAGAACUCUCUCCCAGGUGUGCAUCCCAGAAGUAUAAUUAGCACUGAGCAUUAACACAGGUGCUUCACAAGCAGAUCUUCCAGUGUUUCAUAAUACUUACCAUUGUGGCCUGGUUGCAUAAACUGUAUCAGUUCAAGGUACUGUGUGUAUGGCUAGACAGGUUUUUCUCUGAAAAGAUAAAAUUAUAUACCAUGAGGUAGCUGCUUUGAUUAUUUUAGGGGAUUAGAAAAAUUGAAGUAUAUGAAGAAAAACAAGUCUUGGAGAAGAAUGGCAGGAUUUGUGUCCUUACAGCUACUGGGUAAGAUAAUUCUGUCACAAGAAAAAUGUUCUGCUUUGGUUUGUUUGUUUGUUUUUAAAAUUCAGUUUGGUUUGAAGUUUUUUAAAGAAGCUUUGUUUUUUUAAAGAAGCUAGACACUUGAGUCGACCUGAGUGUCCUCCAGUUCUGCUGAAGCAACAGGUAAUAUCUGGGCAUUUAGUGUCAGCAGUGCCAAAGGGAGACUCCUGGUCCAGAAAUUCUAGCCCUAGUGUUGAUCUAUUAAUUGGAGCAUAUUUUAGGCCAUGAUAGGAGGAAAAAGAGUAUUUGUAUGGCCUUCAAACAAAAAGGCUGAUUUUUCUGCAGUCUCUAGGUUACUGAAGAGGUACCACUGGAAAUUGUCCCUCCCUCCUGACUGUGAUCUCACAAGUACCUCAAUAUGUGCUUCUAAAGCCUGGUAAUGUGAGUGCCCUUUUUCUCCUUUUUUUUCUUCAUAGAAGGCUGUGCACAAUUCUCAGAUGAAGCUGGACAAUGACGUGAAAUGUCUCAAGUCUGACAUGCUUUUGUGUAUUCUGUUUUCAGGGUGCUUUCUUCCAAAAAUAACUUCUCACAGUAAGGGAGCCAUCCUUGUUGCUUUAUGAAAAUCCCCACAAGAAAACUAGGAACCAAACCAGAUAGUGCUGCAAGCACACAAACAAUUUGGACCAGAGAUAACGUAAUUUUUAGCUAAUUUCAGUGGUUUUAAAUGCUUACAGUGAUAUAGAUGUUAAGUUUCAGAAUAUUUCUGUGGUUGGUUAUACAAAACUUUUGUUUUAGUCACUGUUAGAAACUGAGGCAUAAAAAGAUGAUGAUGAUAUGCCAAUUGUCCAAAGAUAAGUAAUAGGAGAAAAACUGAAUUUUUUUUAACUUUGAUUUUGUUGCCCUGUUGGGUUAGAUAUCUACUGAUCAUGGUUAGAAAUGAGUGGGUUUCCCAUCCAAGCACAGGAAUGGCUUCAGAACAGGGAGCCUCCAGGCUCUGCAGAGAGGCAGGUUGGGUACCUCACUGUUUAAAAGCCAGGUACAUCCCUGCAAUGCAGUGAGCUCAGUCUGGUGACUGCACUUCAGUAGCUUCUUGAACAGCUUGCUGUAUGCUCCUGAGACCCAAUGACAUGCAUAUAAUCAGACCAUCUUAUCUUUUCCACUGUUUCUUCAAGAUUUCCCUCCCUUGGUCUUUCCUGCUGAAUGGUUUGUUUGAGGUUGCCUCCUCCAACCCAAAUCAUACCAGUCUUUGCUGUAGCAAUAUUGUCCUUGCGGAGGUGACCUCUGGUUAGCUGGAACAGGCUUGCUGGCAUUUUGUCAACCUGUGCUCAAGACCUUCCGUUUGCUUUAGUUUAACUGGGUAGAAGUUAAAGGCUGGCUCAGACUGUUGAACAGGGCAGUAGCCCUUGUACAGGUUGGACUGGUGUGAUUACACAGUAGCAGUCUGUUCCACAUGGGCAACAUACUCUGGCUUAUCUCUCCUUCAAGAGAGAACUUUUAGCAUAACAUGCCUUCAGACUGGUUGCUGCUGACUUCUCAGUCAUGUGGGAUCUUGUGUGCUACCAGUGAGUUUAGGAGACUAGCAUGGUACUUUAGGUAUUUUUGGGUAUUACAUUUUCAGUAUUCAUGAUAGGUAAUCAAACUAGUGACUCAGUUAUGGGUUUGUUAAUACCUAGCUUAAAAAUACUGAGUAGCAACUCCUCAGUAACAGCUGGAUGUUAUGUCAUGGGACAUUACUGAAGAAAGAAGCUACUUUGCAGUGUUGGCUUGAGCACGGUAACAAGGGUUAUGCUCACCCUCUUCACUAAACACCUUAUUCCUGUAAUUCCUCCAGGUUUCUUCCUUGUACAGUCAAGAUUUGUAGGGAGAAUUGCUAGUGCUCUCCUGUGGUGCUUUCUGGGAUUGCAGUAAAGAAGUGAGUCCAUUUGUUUGAUUCCCUCAUCAGUGCUGCUGGUGUUAGUUGGAGGUGAGUAAAUUACCAAAGAAGAGUUGAUAGUAGGUUUAUGUUCCUAGUCUCAGUUGUUCAUUCUCCUCAUAGAUGCAUUUUUAAGAUCAUUGCAAGAGUGCCCAGUGAUCUUGCUGGAUUUAGUCUGUUCACAAAAGUUACACUGAUAUUGUGGGUGACUUUUGUGACUGUCUUCAUGAGAGAAACUCCUGAAUUGCAUUAAGGGGUUUAUAUUUGCUGCCUCCAUUUUAGGUCUUUGGCCAGUGGCCUUUUGUAUCUAAAGGAUUAAGAUACUUGGGGAUCAUUCUCUUCCAGAAUUUCAUCCUAUUCCUUCACCUGAGCACUUGCUUUGUCUAUAGCUUGCAAAUGAAAAAUUAACAGAUUAAAAUUAUGAUCCAGCUAUGUCGAGUGGUGCUUUGGUGUUUUAAUUUGUGCCACUCAGCUGAGAGGCAUUUACAGGCCUUUUGAACUGCUGUGCCCUCAUCUGGUGCAGGCAUGAAACAAAGCAGGAUUGCCUAGACCCUUUACUAGGUCACUUGUGUGCUUUGUUUGCAAGAAGCCAAGGACAGGUGGGCUGUUGGUUACUGCAUGUGGGAAUGCAGCAGCAUCUUUCAGCAGCCAGGUGGGAGGUCUGUUUUUAGUGGUCUGUUACCCUUAUUUUCAAUAAAUGCACUUUUCCAAGGUGUCUGAUAUCUUCUUACUUAGCUACUUUUGCAAUUGCUGCUAUGAAUGAAUUACUGGCCUGGGGUAUAGCUUGUUCCUAAGGAACUCUGUUGCAGAGCUGUGUAUUAUGCACGUGGAGUUGAUCCUCUGGCCAGCCCAUGCUGAGCCAGGAGCUCUUGAGCUACCAGGCACAAAUUUUUUAGCUGAAAGCUAAGUGAAAAUCCCUGUAUGCCCUGCUAGCCACCCUACAGUCUGAGCCCAUGGUAUGAUCUCAACUUAAAAUGCAUUCCUGAGUGUAUGGAACCCUCAGUAACUUAUCUGAAAUUCUGAAGCAAGACACACCAGGACAAGGGAGAGUGUAAGAGAGAACACAGCUGCAUCUUGUGUGAGAUGCUCUCCUUUGUACAUGAGUGCUUUUUGUGGUGAGGAUGGGCAAGGAACACCAGAAAAAAAAAAAGUAAAAGGCAAACAGUGUUUGGUAUGGCUCUUGGGACUCCUGAAGAAUUUAAAAACUAGAGGGGAUAUGUAAAUGCCUAAUCAGAAACAUCUUUGAGAGAUCAAGUAUAUAUCCCUGACAUUCCUGUGUUAUUUUAGCAACUCUGUUUUUAUUAUAAUAACUCUGUUUUUGUUAUAAUAACUGUGUGUUAUUUUUAAGGAUAAAAUUAGGAAGUAUCUUUUUGCUUGUGAUGUUGGAUUUUUUAAUGAAAACCAUGUGGUACUUGGCUAAUUGAAAGAAUUCUCUUGCAAAAAGGAACCUUCCCAUUUUCUAACAGCCUUUCCCACUAAUACCCUGCUGGGAGCAGUAUGGUCUAAGAAAGUGCACACAGAUUAAAAUGGAGUUGGCAGAGUUGGGAAAAUGUGGGCUAUCUGACUGUUUCUGUACCCAAAAAAUCACUAACACUUGAUUGUAUACAAAUUGUGGUUGCUGUACUGAAACUGAGAGGGUAUAUAAAACCCCUUGCUACAUACUGCAAUGUCUUUAGUCCAAGAUUCUUUUGAAUUGAUUCUUUCGCCUUCAGGACAAAAGAUUUAGAAGUCAAUACAGUGUUUUCUUAGGAACUGCUUUUCUAGAUUCCCUUACUAAAAGGGAAAAUUCAGGUGCUGAAUCUUACAAUCACAUUAAACUUGUACUUUUUAUUU